AUGAGCCUCAUCGCGGAGCUGCCGAAUGCCGGCCUUCUGAAGAAGGUCGCGGAUGCCAUGAAGGACUUGUGCAAAGAUGUCAACUUCGACUGCUCCGAGAAAGGCAUACAGGUGCAGUCCAUGGACAGCUCGCACGUGGCGUUGGUCUCCCUGAACUUGAAGGAGUCGGCCUUCACAGACUUUAAGUGCGAGCGCCCGGCUUCCUUGGGCAUGAACGUGGAUUCCUUGACGAAAAUCCUCAAGAUGACGAGCCCCAACGACUCGCUUAAGAUCCGGCACCAGGUUGACUCUGACGUCGUUGGCUUCCAGUGUGAGGGCACAGACGACCGGAUCUCUGAGUUCGAGCUGAAGCUCAUGCAAAUCGAGAGUGAGCACAUGGAGAUCCCUGAGCAGCACUACAAGGUCAUCGCGAAGAUGCCCUCGUCCGAGUUCCAGAAGAUCUGCCGCGACUUGAAGGAGUUUGGGGAAACUCUGCAGCUCAGCGGCAGCAAGGAGGGCCUGAAGUUCCAGGUGAAGGGCGACAUCGGCAGCGGGAAUGUCCUGCUCAAACCUCGGGAGAGCGAGAAGCCCGAGGAGAAGGUGAGCCUCACCAUCCAUGAGCCGGUCAAUGCGACCUUCGCACUGCGCUACUUGGUGAACUUCUCCAAGGCCGCACCGCUCUGCGGGUCAGUGACGCUCGGACUUGGUCCGGACGCGCCGCUGCUGGUUCAAUACGACUUGGAGAGUGAGGACAAGGGACACUUGAAGUACUACCUUGCUCCAAAGAUUGAGGAGUGA